GUCGUGUCGGGCGGCGCGGGCGCCGAUUGGCCGAGCGUGGGUGUGCGCGGUGACGCGCGUCGCGGCGGUGCGGGUCCCGAUUGCUGCAGCCGCUUGUCAGUGUGACGAAGAUUGGCACCCAGGUUUCUGUUGUGCACCUGGUACAUCAGUGGGACUCUGCUGGAAUGAGAUAAUGGUGUCCUCAACCCACUGAAGGAGAAGGAGUAUUUGUUCGUACUGAUGAUGAUUUGAUGCAAUUAACAUUUUCUUAACCAUGAUGGCAACACAGACAUUAAGUAUAGACAACUAUCAAGAUGGACAACCGAUGCAAGUAGUAACAGAGUUAAAAACUGAACAAGAUCCAAACUGCUCUGAAACUGAUGCAGAAGGGGUGAGUCCUGCCCCUGUAGAAUCUCAAACUCCAAUGGAUGCAGACAAGCAGGCCAUUUACAGACACCCAUUAUUUCCAUUGUUAGCACUGUUAUUUGAAAAAUGUGAACAAUCUACACAAGGAUCGGAAGGCACGACUUCUGCAAGUUUUGAUGUAGAUAUUGAAAAUUUUGUAAGGAAGCAGGAAAAAGAAGGAAAACCCUUCUUCUGUGAAGAUCCAGAAACUGAUAAUCUGAUGGUAAAAGCAAUCCAAGUUCUUCGUAUUCAUCUGCUUGAGCUAGAAAAGGUUAAUGAGCUUUGCAAGGACUUCUGUAGUCGCUACAUUGCCUGCCUGAAGACAAAAAUGAACAGUGAAACUCUAUUAAGUGGAGAGCCUGGAAGUCCUUAUUCACCCGUGCAAUCUCAGCAAAUGCCAAGUGCCAUUGCAGGCACGCUCAGUCCCCAAGGGAUUAUGGUGCCAGCAUCAGCAUUGCAGCAGGGAAACGUAACUAUGGCAACAGUAGCAGGAGGGACAGUGUAUCAGCCUGUUACUGUGGUCACUCCACAAGGCCAAGUGGUGACACAAGCAUUGUCACCUGGGACUAUUCGAAUCCAGAAUUCUCAGCUUCAGUUGCAAUUAAACCAAGAUCUAGGCAUCUUGCAUCAAGAUGAUGGCUCAUCAAAAAAUAAAAGAGGAGUUCUUCCCAAGCACGCUACAAACGUGAUGAGAUCUUGGCUAUUUCAGCACAUAGGGCAUCCAUAUCCAACAGAGGAUGAGAAGAAACAGAUUGCAGCACAAACAAAUCUUACACUACUCCAAGUUAACAAUUGGUUUAUCAAUGCUAGAAGACGAAUUCUUCAGCCAAUGCUGGAUUCCAGUUGUUCUGAAACUCCAAAAACAAAGAAGAAAACAGCUCAGAACAGACCGGUUCAGAGGUUCUGGCCUGACUCCAUUGCAUCAGGAGUUGCUCAGCAGCAGUCUAAUGAGCUCACUAUGUCAGAUGGUGCUGUUGUAACAAUUACAGCCCCGGUAAACAUGAAUGUAGACAGUCUCCAGUCCUUGUCAUCCGAUGGUGCUACACUGGCCGUUCAGCAAGUUAUGAUGGCGGGGCAAAGUGAGGAUGAGUCCGUAGACAGCGGUGAAGACGAUGGAGGAGAUCUCUCAACGACAAAUAUCAGUGGGCUGGUUUUGGAUAACAGUGAUUCUCUGCAGUAGGAAGCAUGAGAGUGUGACACAACGUUUAGGAAAAAGAAUGGACUGACUGACUGUUUUUAUAGUUUGCACAGCAAACAUUUUACACAAGUUUUAUUUCUAAUAUGUUUUAUAUGUAGAUAUAGAAGGGUGCACUUUUUUGUAUUUCAUAGUAAGCUUAAAGAGUGUUUUUGCAGGUGCAGCAACUUCUUUCAAAUGUGGUUGUUUUGUUUUUUUUUUCCAUUUCAUUUUCUUAUUUCAGAAAAUAUUAUCUAGUAAUAUAAAGAACCACGUAAGCACCCCUUUAUUCUCUGAAUUGGAAGUGCUGCCAUUUCUAAAGAAUUAUGCAGUUUCAAUUAGUGCUGUUAUUUAACACAGCUCUUGAUGGGCAGGUGAUGUAAAUUUAAAGCAUGUGAGGAACUUGGUCGUUAAGUUUGAUGCGUGUAUUUGAAAGAUGCUUCUGCACCUUAAAAACUGCUAGUCUGAGGUGGACAGCAACACACACACAAAGAAAAAGGCCAUGUGUGAUUCAGUAGCGAAUGUAUGGCAACUUCAAUGAGUUUAGUUUCUCUCAUAGUCCAUAAGCCUGUUUAUCAUUUGCUAUAAAAACUCCUAUUUUUACCUUACCGGGAUUAUUGGAUAAAAAAAAAUAUUUUUAUAAAUUCAUGAGGAAUUGGGAUGACAACUGUAUUAUGCAGGAGUUUAAAAAAAAAAAAAAAAAUUUCCAGAGGGGAAAAAUAAAUGUUUAGUAUUCCUAUUUGGAAGGUCUGAAAACUGACCAAAUUUAAUAAACGAGCCUACGGUAGCACUCUAUGAUUCUCAGCUAUCCUACAGUGAUAGAGUAAACGUAUAUUUGAUAAUAGCAUAAGAAGGGCCCACUGUUUGAUGGGGUUUUGAUAUUGUCAAACGUUGAUUUAUAUUAUGUGUAAUAUUCAAAUUCCAUUAACUCUGCAUCUAGACUUGUAUCUGAAAAUAUUUGCUCAAUGACUGUUCAGGUAAGUAAAUUCAAAUACCCACAACAUUUCCAGUUAUUGGAGAAAUUUAAGAGCUUAUAGUUUGUAGACCCGAUUCUGAAAAGUUAAAAGUUGUGUACUGCAUCAUUAUGAAUUUUGCUAUCACUCCAUUGUAUUGAAAAUAUUUUCCCCCACUACAAAAAGAAAUAAUUUAUGGGUUUAUAUAAAAUUUCCUCAAAUCCGAAGGUCGCCACCAGAGUAUACAGCAGGCUUUAUUAGAGUAGAAGAUCCUUGUAUGUCAUUUAAAAACAAAAAACUAGCAAUGAAAAUAUGUUUUGUGGUAACAAUUAAUUUCACCCUGUCCCUCUCUUUCCCCCCCCCCCCCGAAGUUUGGAGUCUCUAUUUAUCUGUGAACACUUACUUUUGGAACUUUGUGUUUCGAAUAAGACUCCAAGAGUCACGGUAUGCUCAAUAUUCUCAUUUUAACCCUGUCCCUUUGUCCCUAUGUUGGGUUGGAUCAAAGCCAGUAAUCUUUUCUCAUUAAAACCAAAUCUAGUUGCAUUUCUAACAUGACAGGGAAGAGGAUGUUAGCUUGCAGAAUCUUCAUCGUGUUUGAGCAGAACUCUGCAAAUAUUUGAGAACUUUAUUUCUGCUUUCCAAAAUACUCAGGCAUGUGCUUUAAGUCCCAUUGAUUUCUGUGGGAUUAAAGCAUGUACUUUUUUUAUAUACUUAAAUGCUUGGAAGUAGGUCUUUAAAGACUGCAUUACAAGGCUGGUUUAAAUUGGUAUGAAAAAAAACUCAGAAAGAAAUGCCAGGAUCGCUGGUACGCAUACAUGUACAAUAAUGCUAGUUUUAAGUGAUUGGUAGCUAUUUUGAAAAGCUGAUGUUGGGACUUAAUCAACACUCGUGAUGUUUCUGCAAUAGCUUUCGUUUAUUCCUGGCUGAGGAUUUUGCUUCCAAGUUCAAAUCCUGUAAUGAUCUGCUGCAGCUGUAGUGGUACCUUCUAAACAAUUUUGGUUUUCUUAAGUUCUCUGCUUUGCUGCUCGUGCACUGCAUUUGUUAAAGGGCAUAGCAAAUGGCUGACAAAAGAUAGCAUGACUAUCCCAAAAGCUAUUCUCAAAUCCAUUUGAACCCUAAAAUAUUUUACAAGACUGCUAUCAUGUACAAAUCACGCUCCUCUGGAAACGUUCAACCUACUGCUCCUAUGAAGGAUGCCAGAGAUAACUAGAACCAAGAAACACAUCCUGUUCUUAGUCGUCUUUGUUUUGACUCCAGAAGCACUUCCCUUUAUGUAACAGGCUACGCUUUUCGUUUCUGUGAGGGGAUUAUUCAGUUGCCCUUGUUAAUAUUUAAUAAUGGCUCUAAUCUUUGUACUUGUAGCACGUAGGCAGAUGAAUAAUAACUUCUCAGUGCAUACAGGGCCAUGGUAAAAUCUGUUCUUCCAAAUUGGCCUAGAAGGAAAUUUAUGCUAGAAGAACAAACCAUUCUGUCUCCUUCCUUCCCCUCCAUGACAAGUUGCUCCUCCAGGUCUACUGGCAGAGCUUUCCCCACCAGCUUCAAGGCAGGCAAGGAAACAGUACAGCAGUGAACCUGGGAGGGCAGUGAUUAGCCAGCAGUGAAAGGAGAAGGGUGAACUAAAGCAGAACUCAGCUUUUUUUGUCUUUUUUAAGACGACUAAGAUGAUUUAGUAUCUGUACAGCUGGCUGGAAUACAUACAGUUUAUCUGCCAUUUUGAACUCAGUUGAAAAUAGGCACUGGGGCUUGCAAACUUCUGAAAGCUUAUUUUUUCAGAAAGAAAAUGUUACCAGCUUGGCUUCUCCAUUCCUUCUUCCUCCCACACACCUCACUCCUUGCAGUUUUUCUCCUGAGAAUACUGUGACCUUCUCUUGAUAUAAAUAUCCAGAAAGUGAAACUAACAGAAGCCCCUAUGAAAGGGAAGAACAUGAAAUAGUUCUGUUGUCCAACUAGAGACAGUUAAUUAUUAGAACAAAAGAGGUUUACCGAUAUAACCAAAGGUAUUACUGAACAUAUGGAACUGGAACUCUGUAUUUUAAUUUGGUGAGAAUUCUGUAGUAGGUACGAGCUGCAUAGAAGUGUGGUUUUGUUGUUGUUUUGGUUUUGUUUUGUUUUUUACAAUUUGGGGGGGGGGGGUGGAGGUUGUGUUCUUCCUUUUUUGAUGUGUAAGAUUGCUGGCUUAAACAAAGCAACGUAAUCCAGGAGAAGUGUAUGUUUACAUUAGACAGUUAUUUACAAAGUCUUUAUAGGGAACCUAACAUUAAACUCUUGUAUAAUUAUCCCUGUCCCCAGUUUGUAGGCAACAGAAGAGCUCACUUGUUUUUUGUUUUUUUGUGGUUUUUUUUUUUUUUUUUUUUUUUUUAAAUCACUGCUAUUCUUCUGCAGUCACAACUAUUGAAACUUCAAAUCUUUUCCAAUCUAAUCCAGAUCAUUAAUACAAAACAAGAGGUUUUAGACCACUUGUCCCAAGAUUUCUGUGAUAAGCAAACAGAUCUCAUAAUCCUAGAAUGGCCUGCCGUUGAAAAGGACCACAAAGAUCGUGUGGUUUCAACCCCCCUGCUAUGUGGAGGGUUGCCAACCAGCAGACCAGGCUGCCCAGAGCCACAUCUUGGACGCCUCCAGGGAUGGGGCAUCCACAGCCUCCGUGGGCAACCUGUUCCGGUGUGUCACCACCCACUGUGUGGAAAAACUUCCUCCUAAUAUCUAACCUGAACCUUCCCUGUCUCAGUUUAAAACCGUUCCCCCUUGUCCUAUUGCUAUGCAGCUAUGUGAACAGCCAUUCCCCCUCCUGUUUAUACGCUCCCUUCAAAUACUGGCAGGCCCCAAUGAGGUCUUCCCAGAGCCUUCUCUUCUCUAGGCUGCUCAAGCCCAGCUCCCUCAGCCUGUCUCAAUAGGGGAGGUGCUCCAGCCCUCUGAUCAUCUUAUUGCCCUCCUCUGGCCACGCUCCAAGAGCUCCAUGUCCUUCCUGUACUGGGGGCCCCAGACCUGGACGCAGUGCUGCAGAUGGGGCCUCACAAGAGCCAAGUAGAAGGUGACAAUCACCUCCCUCUCCCUGCUGGCCACCUUUCUUUAAUGCAGCCCAGAACACAGCUGACCUUCCAGGCUGUAAGCACACACUGCUGGCUCACGUCCAGCUUCUGGUUUACAGGACCCUCAAGUCCUUCUCCUGUGGGGCUGCUCUCAAGGGGUUCUUUGCCCAGUUUGUAUAAAACACCUGGGAUUGCCCCAGAUGAAGUUCAGCACUUUGCACUUGGCCUUGUUGAACUUCUUUAGAUUCACAUGGUCCCGCAUCUCCAGCCUGUCUGGAUCCCUCUGGAUUUCUCAUUUCUCUUCAACUUUAGAAGCACUGCAUUUGGUAAGCGAAUUCAAAUUGGUCAGUAUAUAUAUUUCAAAUAUAUUCAAAAAAUAUAACAAAAGUAAUCAUCGUACUGGAAAACAUUUAGAAUCAAUAGGCAUGGCUCUGGCUCUGCAGAGACUUUCCUACAUCUGGGUAUUGGGUCAUAUUGGAGUCCUGCUAACCUCAGGGAAACUCCAUAAGGGCUGCGUUUGCCUGUGUAAGAAUUGCUUCCCUCUAAUGGUCCCUGAUCAUGAUUAGGAACCUCUUGGAGAACCUUCCAACCUUCUGCAUGAUGAUGUUUUCUCCCACUGGAAACCAGUGCAUGGGUGAAGGGGUUGGAAGGGAAGAACUUCAUGUGGACCUGGUGUGUGCCACGUGUUGUUUCAAGUCAGAAUAUGGCCAGAAGACAGAGCUGCUGUGAAGGGCUAGAGGUCUCAUUUCCUAUGCUGUAAAAGUAGUUUCAGGUUUAUGGACCUUCUUCUGGUGUAGAGAUCUAAUGUGUGAAUCGAUUCGUUUCUCUAAUCAUGUGGAGAAAGAAUUAUAAGGCAGUUCAGCUUCCUGACUUUAUGAACUUGACAGCCCAAAAGGGUGCAACAGUCUUUCCAAGGGAUGAUAGUUUCUUAAAACUAUUAGACGUGUAGCAGUUAACAAGGAAAUUAAAAUAAUGUAUUUUGAAAAAAAUGGAAACACAUGCAUUUAACUGUAAUUAAAGUUGAUUUAAGAUUUAUUUUCUGAAGCAGAGUUGUCUGGGGGGAAAAAAACGAAUAAGCAUUUGUCUAUGCAAGACAUGAAUGUCAAAAAUGUUGUGUGACUCUUCCAUUUUCAGGUGCUAUAUUGUUGUCUUCUGGCUUCUGGUAACUUUUUUUUAAAAAAGUUUUUUUUAACUUUUUAAAAGAUUGACUCUGUUAAUCUUUUAAACCUUUUAGCCUUAUAUUCAGUUUGGUUCUGAGGGUCGAAUGCGCAAAAAAAAAAAAAGUAAAGUAGCUCUGGAAUCCUGUUGGAAAUGUAACUAAAUUUACUUCUCUCAUGAAAAUCUCGCAUGUUGAACAGUUAAGUGAAAUGUUUUGGUUUCCUAAGAAUAAAUUCAAACUGUCACUGCCUCCUAAGGACAGAGCAUAUCCAUGACAAUGCAAGUUGGACUGUAGUAUGCAAAUAAUGAAGUAAUUGACCUUGUGUUGGCUUGGCACAGCAGCUGGCUUUGCCAGACUCACCCCCAGUCUGGAUUCCACACAUGCCUUUCUUGGCUUGCUGUGCUCUUUCAAAUAGGUUCUGGGUUGUUUAAGUCCUCAAGUAACUUGAUUGUCCAGUGUAACGCAUAGUGAAUUUGGCACUAAUGCGCUCUGAAGAGAUUGCCCAAAUCGUGUUAUUUGUUCAUUCUUGUCACAUGGAAAUAUAAAAUGGUUUCUUUGUUUGUUUUCUGUGACUUGGUUAUUUAGGACCUGCUGAGUGAUCACAGCUGUUUUUGCCAGAGAAAAGGAACAAGCAAGAAAAUGGCGAAACGCUUGUUAACCUUGUUAUCAACCUUGUCAACUACUACAAAGAUAUGUACCUUGCAUUAAUUGAAUCAUGUGUUUCAGAUCAUGACAGAAGCGGCUCGUAAGGCUGCCAGCGAGUUAGCAACAUUUGGUCUAUGCAGCUGACACUCUUUAAAAUGUGGGCCUGUAACUUUUUUUCUCCCCUUCCUUGUUAAGCAAUUUUGGAAGCAACCCAUCCGUCAAAGGAUAGUUAAAAAUCAGAACGUGCUUCAUGGCUGACUUAUUUUUUGUCUGCUGCUCUCUGUGAACUCUAAAAGCACAUUUUUAAAGCAAAGCGCUCACAUUACUUUAGCAGUAUUGUUUGGCUGAAAGACAUGGGUUUUUUUUUAAGAGAAAUCUUGAGCUAAGUUUCAAACUUUUUAACUGUUUUGGGGGCAGGGUUGGAUGGUCUUGGGCUUCUGUUUGUUUGGGUUUUCUUGUUUAUGCAAAUGAAGAAAAAAUGUCUACUAGUCCUCAACAAUAUGGGGAUUUUUAUUAUGCUUUUGUAAUGCAGGAGCAGCUUUGAUGAAAGAAAGAAAUAGCAGAUAAAUAGUCCAUAACGUGUGUGACUUUGGGGUUUAUUUUUGUUGUUGUUUCAAAAUUGUUAAUUAAAAAUGGCAUGGACAUCAAACUUUCAAUAA